CCUCCUCCCCUUUGCUUCCCCUUUACUCUCUCUCUCUCUCUCUCUCUCUCUCUCUCUUCAUGUGUGCAUGUGUGCGCUGUGUUCGUCUUUCCGGUUCCCUCUCUCUCGCCGAGAAGCAAAGGUCACUUGCCCUUCCCCCGUCUCCGCAUUUCUCCGCCACUCCACACAAGCGGGAGCAGCGCCCAGCAAGCGCCGGGCUUUUCUGGUUCUGACUUCCGAGGGGGCGGAGCUGGGCCUGUUGACGGAAUCCCUGUCCAAUGGGGCUGGAUUGGGCGUCCUAUCAAGAUAAAUCAGUCAGGAUAAGUUUGUAAAAUAAAUUAAAUUCCUCCAGCAAACGGCACAGGACUCUGAAUUUCGCAAACAUCCCAUACGAUUGUUCGUCAGACCAACCGAAGAGAGCAUGUCGUCAUCCGACAAUUCCAUCACCGCGGCAUUGUCGCGGACAACACCUGUGUUCAGCCUGAGAGUAUGGGUUCUGAUUGCCAUUGGCAUUGGGAUCCUGAUGGCAAUCCUGUUCAUCAUAGUACUGUGGCUGUCCAUCCGAAGGAAGAACAAGGCCGUGAGCGGAUUCGACACUACAUCGCAAACAGAAAUCCCUAUUGUGUCCAAGGAAAUCAACAUUGACAAAGGAGUUGACUCACAGAGUGUGAAUGACAGCAGCGAAGUGGCCUUCAUGCCAGUGCAUGACAAAUACACACAGAUGAAGACUGUACCACCCUUGGAAGAGACUAGAUCUCUCGACGUGGAUGCCUUCAGCCAAUGCAGCUCAGUGUACAACAUAGAGAAGGCUGGAAGCUCAUACUCUGAGGACUACAACAGCUCAGGUCCAAAGAGGGCAGGGAGUUCACCAUAUGGAUUUACAUCUACUUCACCGCUGGUUGGCCUGCCUGAGCUGUCACAUUUGGGCUGGGGCCACUGGUUUACCUUGAGGGACCUGGAGUUUGCGACAAAUCGGUUUGCCAAGAGUAAUAUCCUUGGGGAGGGCGGCUAUGGAGUUGUCUACAAAGGCCGGCUUAUGAAUGGGACUGAGGUGGCUGUGAAGAAGAUCCUAAACAAUGUAGGGCAGGCAGAGAAGGAAUUUAGAGUUGAAGUUGAAGCCAUAGGUCAUGUUCGGCAUAAGAAUCUGGUGCGGCUUUUGGGGUACUGCGUUGAAGGGAUACACAGGAUGCUUGUGUAUGAGUAUGUAAACAAUGGCAACCUAGAACAAUGGCUCCAUGGGGCCAUGAGUCAACAUGGUAUCCUUAGUUGGGAAAGCCGUACGAAGAUUCUGCUUGGGACAGCAAAAGCGCUUGCAUACCUUCACGAAGCAAUAGACCCCAAAGUCGUCCACCGAGAUAUCAAGUCAAGUAAUAUCUUAAUUGAUACCGAAUUCAACAGCAAGGUUUCUGAUUUUGGGUUAGCGAAACUUCUGGAUUCCGACGCAAGCCAUAUCAACACAAGAGUGAUGGGAACAUAUGGGUAUAGCUCUCUUUCUACUCCUUCCCCGCUAAUUUUUUCUGUGCUUUUGGAAACGCAUCUCAUAAUCUUCCUCCCUGAUGAUAGGUAUGUCGCGCCUGAGUACGCGAAUAGUGGGAUGCUGAAUGAAAAGAGUGAUAUUUACAGUUUUGGAGUUGUGUUGUUGGAAUGCAUUACAGCUAGGGAUCCAGUUGACUACAGUAAGCCUGCAGAUGAGUCAAAUCUUGUAGAGUGGCUUAAAAUGAUGGUUAGCACAAAGAGGGCAGAGGAGGUUGUGGACCCAGGCCUUGAGGUUAAACCACCUAAGCGUGCCCUUAAGCGGGCAAUUUUGGUUGGCCUCAAGUGUGUCGAUCCCGACGCCGACAAGAGGCCGAAGAUGAGCCAUGUUGUCCAAAUGCUUGAAGCGGUUCAGAAAGCAUACCAAGAAGAUGAGAAGAAGCACAGCCAGAUGGGAAGCAUCGAUCUAGAGUCGCAGCAGUCAGCAGAGGAGCUAUCAAACAGUGCUGAUGUCUGAAGCUCCAGUUGUGAACAAACCCAAAACAAAUAGGAAACCCUAAGUUAUUUGAUAGUGACAGCUGAUUUGAUCAAACAUGUUCAAUACUUGAGUAGAGUGAGUGAAACAGGUUUGCAAUUUGCUUGCAGAUACCGGAGGUUGUUGAAUUCAGUUAGGUGCAAGCUGCUCAUUUCCAUGUUUUUUCCUUUUUGUGAUUUCCGAGGAUUGCUUCUAUGCUCCCCUAGAAGAGUUGCCUUACUGUUUGUUUUCUGUGGAUGAGUCUUAUAACUCGUUUCCUUUAGUGUUUUGUCUAGUCUUCUUCUAGGGGAGCAUAGAAGCAAGCACUCUCUUCGUCCUGAGUUAUUGUCAGUGAGCUACCAGGAGGAACUGAUUUGAUUGAAAUGCAUGACUAUAUAUAUAGAUACCGGAUUGCGUUUGCCGAUGUAUAGAAUCCUUGUAUGGGUCUUCAGUUCUACCAUGAAAUGAAAGCAUAAGUCUGUUGGUGUA